UUGACUCCAGAGCUUAACCGCCACGGUACACCGAGCGCGCGCCAGAUGCGGUGGUGGCAGUGCCGCCUCGCGGCUGCCGUGGCCCUGGCCGCCGCCGUGCUGGCUCUGGGCGCCGUGGGGCCGCGCUCGCCGGCGCCACUGCGGUUCGCGCCGGGUGGCCGGUUCAAGGUGGCGCUGUUCGCCGACCUGCAUUACGGCGAGAACGCCUGGACGGACUGGGGCCCCGCGCAGGACGACGCCUCCGACCACGUCAUGGCCGCCGUGCUCGACGCCGAGAAGCCAGACUUCGUGGUGUACCUCGGCGACCUCGUGACGGCGAACAACGUGCCGGUCGCCAACGCGAGCCUGUACUGGGACCGGGCGAUCUCCCCGGCCAGGCGCAGGGGCGUCCCGUGGUCCACGGUGUUCGGCAACCACGACGACAUGCCCUUCGAGUGGCCGCCGGAGUGGUUCUCCCCCGCGGGCGUCCCGGCGGUGCACUGCCCGCCUGCCGUGCCGGCCAUGCCGGACCCAGGGUGCAGCUUCCGGGGCACGCCGCGGGUCGAGCUGAUGACGGCCGAGCUCGACCGGGCUUGCGGGCUGUCGCGCUCCUCGGUCGGCCCCAGGGAGCUCUGGCCCGGCGUCUCCAACUACGUGCUGCAGGUGCUCUCGCGCGAGAGGCCGGAGGACCCUGCUCUGCUCAUGUACUUCCUCGACUCCGGCGGCGGAUCCUACCCGGAGGUCGUAUCCUGCGCACAGGUCACGUGGUUCCAGAGCCAGGCUCGGUUCCUCAAUCCAGACGGCAGGAUCCCUGAGCUGGUAUUCUGGCACAUACCGAGCACGGCCUACGUCAAGGUGGCUCCAAAGGCCACGAGCGAGGUCAGGAAGCCCUGCGUCGGCAGUCUCAACGAGGAAGACGUGGCGCCACAGGUGGCCGAAUGGGGCAUCAUGGACGCUCUUGCCCACAGGCCUUCAGUUAAGGCGAUCUUCGUGGGGCACAACCACGGGCUGGACUGGUGCUGCCCCUACGAGAAACUCUGGCUGUGCUUCGCGCGGCACACGGGGCACGGAGGAUACGGUGACUGGCCAAGAGGGGCGAGGAUCGUUGACAUCUCUGAAAAAAAGCAUUUCUCUGUCAACUCUUGGAUCCGGAUGGAGAAUGGGUCAACGCACAGCCAUGUUACCUUGAGCUCUGCUCGGUUUAAUUAGGUUCAGGCUCAUUUGCCCUAGCUAGGAUGUGUUCAGUUUGGAAAGUCCAUUGUAGAUUUGCAGUGCAAACAGUUUGUGUUCGAUUUAGUUAGGGCAUCCCAAAACAGACCCUCAAAUCGCCAGCAUCCAUCCGGUCCGGACGUGUUUACCAUCCAACGCGGGCAUAUGUAUCGGUCCACUGA